AUGGGCGAGGCGGGGAGAGAAUCUCAAAUUGUCUGCCCUGAACCCUUUGGCAUCUCCUCAUCUCUUCCUGGGGUGCAGUCGGUGGGUGUGAGUUUCCAUCUCCUGUUCCCUUUCUCCCUGGCAGGCCUGAUCAAAGCCAAGUCCGAACUUGAAUGCAGUGCAGCUGAUGGCAGGGCUGUCCCCAUUGACAUACAAGGAAGGCUGAGCCCAGGAGCGUUGCUUUGGGGAUUUCUCCUGCAGCUGCCUUGGGCCCAUUCCCUGUUGAGAUCCCUGAGGAGGAGUCUUGUUUCUUUAAGGGUCAAUAUAGAAGAAAGAAGGAAGUUCUUUUCAGGGAGGGUGGUGCGAGCCCAAGGGGAAGAAACCUUUGAAAACUGGCUAAUCCAAGUCAGUGGGUUCCUGCCAGAUUGGAUAUGUCUGAGAAGGAAAAGCUCAAGCAAGCACUUGAUGACAACCCUUAGGAGUUCUGCCUGGGAGGUCAUGCGUUUGCUCCAGGCGGCCAACUCCAACUUAAGUGUGGCAGAAUUCUUGCAUGCCAUGAAAUUGGUGUUUGGGGAGUCUAAAAGCAGUAUCACUGCCCAUAGUAAAUUUUUUAACACUUUGCAGGCACAAGGGGAAAAAGCCCCCCUUUAUGUGAUCCAUUUAGAGGUACAGCUCCAGAAUACUAUUCAGGCAGGAAUCAGAUAGAUAGCUGAGAAAGAUGGAAAGCAAACUCACCUGCACCAGCUCCUUUUAGGGGCUGAGCUGAACAGGGAUCUGCGCAUCAGGCUGAAGCAUCUUCUCAGUGUGUAUGCAAAUGAUCAGGAGCAUCUUCCCAAUUUCCUGGAGUUAAUCAAGAUGAUAAGGGAGGAAGAGGAUUGGGAUGACACUCUUAUGAAAUGGAAGUGACCCAAAAGAUCUGAGCUAAUCAUGGAAAGGGCAGCAAGCCCUGUGGUGUUUCGGAGUCCCAAGCCAGUAGUGAUCAGUUACGCUGACUACAAUGCCAUAAAGAAAGAUGAUACCCUUGAGGACUCAGAUGAGGAUGUGAUUUUGGUGGUGUCUCAGGACCUUCCACUUACAUCCACAGAUGCUCCUCACUUUAGAGGCAGGGCAAGACCUCAGGAUCAAAUACUGGUCACUGAUGCCCCCAGCAGUUCUGGGGUACAGUCUUCUUCCAUCAGUAGCGGUUCUGGGUAUAAGAAUGAUGGUUCACAGGAUUUUCACAGAGCCAGGAAGUAAAAAUACACAAUCUGCUGUUCAUAUUGUGGUGAGGAGGGCCACUCAAAGGAAACCUGUGACGAGAGCAAGCAGGCCCAGGUGUUUGAGAAUCUGGUCAUCACCCUGAAGGAAGUGACACAUAAAGAGGAGAAAUCAAGAGACUUCUCUGGUGAACACAAUGACCCCUCUCAGCCACAGUAACAGGCUAGACCCAGCCCUCCGUGGACCCUCAAGUAUAUUCAGAAGACUGGUGAUGAGAAGGAGGAAGCAGACAUCUAUUAGCAUGAAUUCAUCCUCAAAGUGGCUUUCUUUUGGGAAGGUACCAGCAAUGUGGAGGGAGGGAUGUUCUGACCUCUGUCCCUGCUCCCUCCUGUCUGCAUAAGGAUCUGUUCUCUGUGUCUAUUUCUUUGAUGAUUUAUUCUUUUAUGAAAGGAGUAUAACUGUUAAACAUUCAAAAAAUGAAGGAACAUACGACUAAUGUACAUACUACAUGAAACUCUCCAUCCUUAUAUUACAUGAAACUACCAUUAUAUAACCAUUCUCAGACCUUUGAUGAAUAUCCUUUUAGAUAGUUCUCUAUAACUGCACACCCAGAUAGACAUAUGUGUAAAUAAGGUGAUCAAAUAUAAGUGCUGUUCUAUACUGUGUAGUUUUUCACCAAACGAUAUGUUGUGGACUUCUGUCAAUGAAUAUGUAUAAGAAUCAAGUUUAAUGUUUCUAUGGGUGAUAUCGCCUUUAGGAAUAUAGAGGAAAAAUAAAUAAGAAAAGUAAAUAUAGAAGCUAUAAUGUGGGAAGGGGGUGAUACUGUGGAGUUUUUACCAGCCUCAUUUACAGAUGAGGCAAAGGGAAACUGAAGUGGACUGAAUAUCUCCCAGAGAGCCCCCUAUCACAACUGACCUGUCUCCUAGGUCACAGGGUCAAAUCUGCACCCAUUAAUAAUGUCCCAAUGGUUUCU